AUGUCUCUUCGAGGAAGAGUUGCUGUGCUGAUUGAUGGCCCGGCUGUGGUGCAUCGUUGGUACCAUCGGUGGAAUUGCACCCGCGAAAAAAAUGGAACCGACCUCGAUCCCAAGACCUUCGCGAUCAAAAACGCGCGAUAUAUCAUCGCGACCGCGCAUAGUUUUGAUCCGGCCCACCUCUCGCAGCAUCUUCUUUCCCCGCAAAUCGACUACACUCGGACGCCGAAACUCAACAAAAUUAUCGUCUUUUUCGACAACGGCGAUGGGGGUCGUCGGGAGGUCUACGCGGACUACAAAAAAAACCGCAUCGACAUCAAGCGAACGUCCGAGUUGCUGUUAAUCGAAAAGGUGAUGAAAAAAGUUUUUCAGGAGGAGCCGUCGGGGACGACGUUGGUCCUCCCUGGCGCCGAGGCCGAACUAAAAGUGGUGAAUGCCGAGGCGGACGACAUGAUCGCCAGCGUCGCUUUUCAACAUCACAAAUUGAAAAUCCCAACCGUGGUUAUGUCCCACGAUUACGAUCUCUACCAGCUCAUCGAUGAGGCCAAUAAAAGCUACCAUUACGACAUCCGCACCAAACAUUUAAUUUCCGAAAAGUGCGUCGUCAAUCGGAUCGGGGUUCCCCCUAAACUUGUGCGAGAUUUCAAAGCGAUCGCCGGGGAUAUCUCGGAUAAUAUCCCCGGAAUUAAAGGGAUUGGGAAGGUUCGCGCACGACAGUUAUUAGGGAAGUACGGUGAUUUGCAAGGGGUGCUUUUGAAAGGGGUGAUGAAUCAAAAGGGGCAUCUGAAGGAGCUCCUGGAGAACGGCGCCAAAGAGGCCCUUUUGUCUAAGCAAUUGGUUGAUUUUAGGAUGUGUCCCAAGAUAUCGAAAGCGUGUGAAAAGUUUAUGAAACUGUAA